AUGAAAGCUUUUUUGCUGCUUAUGGAUUAAAAGAUAAGAAAGAAUUACCAAAAACAGAUGAUAAAAAACAAAUCAGUAAAGAAGAAAACCUUCCUAGUGAUGAUAAUUUUAAAGAAAGAUCUUGGAAUGAUUGGGGAUCUUUUUUUGAUUAUGGUAAUAAAAAUCAAAGUUCUGAAAGCCAUUUUAGUAAAGACACAUCUAGUGAUAAAGACAAAGCAACUGUCCUUUCUCAACCACAGCAGCGCUGUGCUUUUCCAUCUGGUACAACAAAGCAUGUCACUAGUGAAGAGAUGAACAGGGAUUUCUCCAAAGAUGACAGUGAAUAUGAUAGUUGUAAAGAGAGUGAUGUCAAGAUUGAGGCUCAUUUGACCGUUACUGAAAGGCUGACUGAACUGUCUCCAUCUCUAUUACAAAAAUCUUUAGACAAACCUGAAGGAUCAGUUCAGCUUCCACAGAAUUUAUUAACUCCUGCUAAAAGUAUAAAAGAAGAAGAUAUUAGUGAAAAAUUAUUAACAUCGAAUGAACAAGUAGUAACAAACAUUGAAAAACUUGAUUCUGAAGCUGUUAAUGAAUCUGCUAGUCCUCAAAUUGAUUCAGAACAACUACCUGUUGAAUUUUGUGUUGUGAAACAAAGUAGCAGCAACACUUUAGAAAGUAGUUCUUUGUUAGUGUUAUCCACAUCAACAGGUGAUGAUUUUAGUUCUGAUUUAUCUCCUCAACAAGUUAAUAUAGAAAAUUAUGGUGCUUGGGAACCAAACUCUGAUAUUGCUCAAAAUGAAAAUAAUGCAAUUAAUGAUGAAAAUCAAAUACAGAACUUAACUGAAUCUACAAAUAUUUGCAUUUUGGAGGAUGAUGGUCAUUUAAGUUCUGCUGAAUCUGUUGUUCCUGUAUCUGAUGAUUUAUAUUCACUUGAUUCACCAGAACAAAUUAAUGAUGAUAAUGUCCAAGAUCAUGCAAAUGAUCUCCAAGAUCAUUGGUUCAUUUCUUCUCAUGAUCAAAACAGAGAUAUCUUCAGGGACCAAACUAAUACAGAAAGUGAGUUAAAAGAUGAGGAAUCGGAAACACCAGAAUUAAAAGAAUAUGAUAUUAAAUCCUCUGAUAGUGUAGGAUCUGCAGGAACAAAUUCAUCAAGUUCUUUUGUAAAAUGUUCUGUUGGUGAAGCUGAUAGUAGUUAUUCACAUCGUGGUAAUUCUGAAUCUUGUACUACAUCUGAGCAUUCUGAUAAUCAAAAAUAUGAAAUUGAACAUCUUAGUGGUCAUACUUCUGGAGAAGAAAAUGAAACUACUACUUCAUCCGAUAUUGAAAUCAUAUCCCUCCCUAAUGGAGAAAAUGGUGAGAAACACUCUUCAAUGCAUUUGAAAAGUUCAUGGAUGUCUAGAUCUUAUGGACGUAGAUCCGAAAGUCCAAAUUCUGAUAGUAGUAUAAUGCCUGCCGUACAAGAAGUCGAAGAAGAUGGAGAUCAGCAUUUACAGCAAAGUCUAUAUAAAGAUGAUGAAACUCUUAUAGAUUGUGAAGAUGAUAUGGAGGCAUCAAGGAAAACUAUUAUUGGGCAAACUACUAAUAUUGCAGAAUUAAUAAAGAGACAAACAGAAUUAGAAGAAAUAUUAGAAAAUCGAGAGAAAAGAGUUCUAGACUUGAGUAAAGAAGCUGCUGAACUGCAUGAUUCCAAUAGUUUUCUUGAAAGAGAAGUUAAACGUUUAGAAGAACUAAGAAAUAAAGAUAGUCGUCAUACUUCAGAAUUAACUCAAGAAUUUACACACAGACUUGCUCAGUUGGAAAACAAAUUGUCAGAAGCAAGCAAGUUUGUUUUAUCUUUAGGAGAAAAACUGUCUAAACAACAGCUUCAGCAUACAUCAUUAAUUAAGAAGCUUAGAACUAAGGACAAGGAAAGAGAAAAUCUGUUGAAAACUCAAAAAGAAACUUUGGAGGAACAGUCUAAAGAAUUAGAAAGAUUAAGGAAAUCUCUUGGAGCUAAAGAUGAUCAAGAAAAAAAGCAUAUUGAAAAGAUUCGACAAUUAACAAUUACAAUUCAACAAAAAGAAAAGGAUUUAUCUUUUAUUAAGGCUGAUCUGGACAAUUCCAUGGAAACUGUAAACAGUUUAAAGAAAUCUCUUGAUAAUUCAUACAAUAUUAGCAUUGUUUAUGACAAUCAAACUUUCCCAGAGAUAACUAUAAACUGUGCAAUACUCCAAGGUGAGCCAUUAUCACCAUACCUAUUCAACUUUUAUAUUAAUGAAAUAGACAAUCAUUUUUUAAGUGAUACUGAAGGAAUUCAUAUUUUUGGACAUACAUACCACUAUAUUCUCUAUGCUGAUGAUCUGGAAAUGGCAUUAAGUACAGAAAUUGCAGCAAAAGAAGAGUUACAACAAGCUUUAGAACAUGUAAGAAAGGAGUCUGUUAGAGAAAGGGAAACUUUAUUAGCUCAACUUGAAGAACUUCAACAGGGUAAAAUUAAAAUUCAAAAGCAGUUUCAAUGUCGUGAAGAAGCACUUCAGUCUGAGAUGACUCAGUUACAAAAGAGACUGCAAGAAUCAGAGAAAAACACAGAAGAGCUAACAAAGCAAAUUUCAUCAGCAACUUUACCUUUGUUGCGACAGAUUGACAAUUUGCAGUCCACACUUGUUUCUCAAUCAGCUAGUUGGGAGAAGACUGAAGAGAGUUUAUAUGACAAAAUAAAUGAUCUUCAGAGGCAUGUAGACUUAUCAGAAAAAAAAGAAAGUAUAUUACAGAAAAAAUAUGACAAUCUCUCAUCCAAAAUAUCAGAUUUAGAAAUGCAAAUUAAUGUAUUAAAACAAGAGAAAGCCCAACUCUCAACUCAAUUGGAAUUAAGUCAAAUGAAAGUACUUAUGCUAGAGGAAAGCAAAAAUAAAGAGAAUGUGUCUGUUGCAGCUAUGAAACAAACAUUUGCUGAAGAUUUAAAUAGGCUAAAAGAUGAAAAAGAUUCAUUAAUUCAUCAAAUAGAAACAUUACAAUUAGAUCUUGAAAAUGAAAGGCUAAAAGUUCAAAAAUAUCAAGAACAAUUAAAUGAAAAGAAUAAUAAACAGAGGAGUGAAAGUGGUAGUAAUGGAACAUCAUCUCCUACAAUAUCAAGGUUAAGUUCUGUGAGUGAUCGAUUAAAUUAUUGGAUGCAGGAUUCUCAUGAACCACCCUUGGGAAUGUCGUCAUCAAUGUACAGUAAUGCAUCUCUCUAUGAAACGCUUCGUUUAGGAAGUGCAUCAUCUCUUCUAGAAAACUUACAGUCUCAAUUAAAGCAAAGAGAAGGCGAAAUAUCAUUAUUUCAAUCAGAAAUUGCUCAGUUAGAAAGGAUACGAGGAUCUAUGGCAAAAGAAUUAGCUGAUGUAUCCUGUCAGUAUGAAAUGGUAAAAUCGGAGCUAGAAGAAAUGAAAAAUAUGAAAACUGCAUAUGCAGAUAUGGAACAGAAAUAUAAUACACUAUUACAAAUGUAUGGUGAGAAAGUUGAAGAAACAGAGGAAUUACAGUUAGAUUUGCAAGACGUAAAAGCCAUGUAUAGGGCACAGCUUGAUGAACUACUCAAAAAAUCCUGAAGAUUGUUUCAACAGGAAUUAGGAAUUGAAUUUAUUUUUUUUUAUUUAAAAAUAAAUUGGUGAUGGUAUAAAUGUUAUUCCAAUAAUCAACUUAUAUAAGAAAAUGAAUAUCAUUUCUAAUAACUAAAUGAUUAUAACAAAUGCGUAAUUCCAUAUAGCUGUUUCUUUUGAAAUUUGAUAGCUUUCAUAUCUUUCUUUGCAAAUUCCCAAUUAAUGCCAUAAAAUCUGUUGUGCCUUAUACUUUUAAAAAUAUUCUAAAUAUUUACUUCAAAUAAUUUCAAA